AUGGAUGUUAAAAAUGCUUUUCUUAAUGAGACUCUUUCUGAAGAAGUGUAUAUGAAGCCACUUCCUGGUACUUCUUCUCCUCCUCACAAGGUAUGUCUCUUGCGUCGCGCACUAUAUGGCCUCAAACAGGCUCCACGAGCUUGGUUUGCCACAUUUAGCUCUACCAUCACUCAACUUGGUUUUACUUCUAGUCCUCAUGACACUGCACUCUUUACUCGCCACACACCCCAGGGAAUUGUUCUCCUUCUUCUCUAUGUUGAUGACAUGAUUAUCACUGGUAAUGAUCCACAAGCUAUAUCUGAUCUCCAACAUUACCUUGGUCAACAUUUUGAAAUGAAAGACCUUGGAUCUCUCAACUACUUUCUUGGCCUUGAAGUCUCUCGCCGCUCAGACGGGUAUUUAUUGUCCCAAACUAAAUAUGCCUCUGAUCUUUUAGCUCGCUCAGGAAUCACUGACUCUAACACCGCUUCAACGCCGUUAGAUCCCAAUGUUCAUUUGACCCCUUAUAAUGGUGUUCCUCUUGAAGAUGUCAGUCUGUAUCGGCAACUAGUUGGCAGUCUCAUCUAUCUAACAGUGACUCGCCCAGACAUUGCAUAUGCUGUUCACAUUGUUAGCCAAUUUAUGGCUGCUCCUCGAACCAUCCAUUUUACUGCCGUACUACGUAUCCUUCGCUAUAUCAAAGGGACUUUGGGGCAUGGACUUCAGUUUUCUUCUCAAUCCUCUCUUGUAUUAUCUGGCUAUUCUGAUGCAGAUUGGGCUAGAGAUCCCACUGAUCGGCGUUUUACAACAGGCUACUGCUUCUACUUAGGCGAUUCUCUCAUUUCUUGGCGUAGUAAGAAACAAAGUGUUGUCUCUCGUUCUAGUACUGAAUCAGAAUAUCGUGCUCUUGCUGAUACUACCGCUGAACUGUUAUGGCUUCGUUGGCUUCUUGCUGAUAUGGGUGUUCCCCAGCAAGGUACCACUCUUCUUUAUUGUGAUAAUCGUAGUGCCAUCCAAAUUUCCCACAAUGAUGUUUCCAUGAGCGUACAAAGCACAUCGAAAAUGAUUGUCACUUCAUUCGUCAUCAUCUCUUGA